AGCCCUGGGAGUCUAGGAGGAGCUGCGGCAAGGUCGACAACAGCAUCUUACUCUGUACAACAGAAAGACCAGAGGUGGACGGGAUUUAGUCCAGUGGCUCCGAGCGAGCUAGUGACCGGGGUAAUUUUGGAUUUACUGCCGCAGAAGAGGAAGGAGGAGAGCGGCUGAAAGUUUCCAGCUUGUAGCCUCAUGUUCCGAGUUAGCUAACAAGCUAUUCUUCACUACAACCGCUCUCCGAACGUCUCCCGUGCGCGUUUUCUGACCAGGCAAAGCAACGUGUUCUUCCCUGUAAAUAGGAAGCCAGCUGUGCCCCGACUCCUGGGCUACCACACUUCCUCCUUUUGAUUUUACUAGCCAUAACGUGGCUUUUUCUAUACAUUUUUCGCGUGCAUUUGUGUUAUUGGUGCCAUGUCUGCGCCAUCCUCCGCUCCUUCCGCCCUGACAGACAACGCCGUGUCAGAAUGUGAUUUUCUAGCCCCUGAUGCGGGGCCGAAGCCACCCGGCCCGACGCCCAGUCAGAGCCGGUUCCAGGUGGACCUUGUGGCUGAGGCAGCGGGCGCCACCGAAGACAAGUCCCCGAACUCCGACGCCUCCUCCACGCUCCCAUCCAGCGAUAAGACCACUCCCGGCGCUCCUCAAGAGUGCCCGGGUGCUGAUCCAGCGGUCGGCGGAGAGGAAGCCAAGGGCCGGUUUCGGGUGGUGAACUUCGCAGAUCCGAGCGGAGCGGGGAGCGCGGCCUCUCCGGAGGCAGCGCCGGCUGAUGGGCUGCAGAACGGGGACACGGUGAUGAGCGAGACGAGCUUGCAUUCAUCCACAGGGGGCCAGCAUCACUAUCACUAUGACACCCAUACCAACACCUAUUACCUGAGGACUUUUGGUCACAAUACUAUCGAUGCUGUGCCCAACAUCGAUUUCUACCGGCAGACAGCAGCACCGUUGGGGGAGAAACUCAUCAGACCCACCCUAUCGGAACUGCACGACGAGCUGGACAAGGAGCCGUUUGAGGAUGGGUUUGCCAAUGGUGACGAGUUAACCCCGGCUGAGGAGGCUGCUGCUAAAGAAGCAGCUGAGUCCAAAGGAGUGGUGAAGUUUGGCUGGAUUAAGGGGGUGCUGGUGCGCUGCAUGUUGAACAUUUGGGGUGUGAUGCUCUUCAUCCGCAUGACAUGGAUUGUGGGUCAGGCUGGAAUCGCUCUCGCCUGUGUGAUCGUCGCAAUGGCUACCGUAGUGACUACCAUCACUGGCCUCUCCACCUCUGCCAUUGCCACCAAUGGAUUUGUACGAGGAGGUGGAGCCUAUUACUUAAUAUCGAGGAGUCUGGGCCCAGAGUUUGGAGGCUCUAUUGGUCUGAUAUUCGCCUUCGCCAACGCAGUGGCUGUAGCCAUGUAUGUGGUGGGCUUCGCUGAAACUGUUGUGGACCUUCUUGCUGGUGCAGGGGCCCUAAUGACGGACCCAACAAACGAUAUCCGAAUCAUCGGCACCAUCACAGUUAUCGCUCUCCUGGGCAUCUCCGUGGCAGGAAUGGAAUGGGAGGCCAAGGCCCAGAUCUUCUUGCUUGUUGUCCUCAUCACAGCCAUCAUCAACUUCUUCAUUGGAACCUUCAUUCCUGUCAAGUCGAAGGAACCUAUGGGCUUCUUUGGCUAUGACGGGGCAAUCAUGUGGGAGAACAUGGGUCCGGACUUCAGAGGAGAGGAGACGUUCUUUUCUGUCUUUGCCAUCUUCUUCCCUGCAGCCACUGGUAUUUUGGCCGGAGCCAACAUUUCAGGAGACCUUGCUGACCCACAGCUAGCCAUUCCGAGAGGAACCCUUCUGGCCAUAUUGAUCACAGGAAUAGUCUACCUGGGUGUUGCUGUCUCCACAGGCUCCUGUAUUUUGAGAGACGCCAGUGGAAAUUUGAACGACACGGUCAGUUCUCAGUUCAUGAGUAACUGCACUGGCGCUGCCUGCAAAUUUGGCUAUGACUUCUCUGCCUGUAAGAGUGAAAAGGACUGCUCCUACGGACUCCAUAAUGACUUCCAGGUGAUGAGCCUGGUUUCUGGUUUUGGGCCCAUCAUCAGUGCUGGAAUCUUCUCUGCCACUCUGUCCUCAGCUCUGGCCUCUUUAGUCAGUGCCCCUAAAGUUUUUCAGGCUUUAUGUAAGGACAACAUUUACCCUGGUCUGGGCAUGUUCGCCAAAGGCUAUGGCAAGAACAACGAGCCCCUCCGAGGCUAUAUCCUGACCUUCUGUAUCGCUCUAGCCUUCAUCCUUAUUGCUGAGCUGAACACCAUUGCCCCCAUCAUCUCCAACUUCUUCUUGGCAUCCUAUGCUCUGAUCAACUUCUCUGUGUUCCAUGCCUCACUGGCUAACUCACCAGGAUGGCGACCCAGCUUCAAAUACUACAACAUGUGGGUUUCUCUUGCUGGAGCCAUAAUGUGUUGUGUGGUGAUGUUUGUCAUCAACUGGUGGGCUGCUCUUUUCACCAACGUCAUUGUUAUGGGUCUGUACAUCUACGUCAGUUACAAGAAGCCAGAUGUGAACUGGGGCUCAUCAACCCAGGCUCUGACCUACCACCAGGCCCUGACCCACACUCUGCACCUCAGUGGAGUGGAGGACCAUAUCAAGAACUUCAGACCCCAGUGUUUGGUGAUGACUGGUUACCCGAACUCUCGACCAGCUCUUUUGGACCUGGUCCACUCCUUCACCAAGAAUGUAGGCCUAAUGAUCUGUGGUCAUAUUCGCACGGGCUACAGAAGGCCAAACUUCAAAGAUCUAGCCACAGAGCAGUCCCGGUACCAGCGCUGGCUGCUUAAGAAUGAGACAAAAGCCUUCUACACGCCGGUGUUCGCUGAAGACAUGAGGCAGGGCACGCAGUACCUGCUCCAGGCUGCUGGCCUGGGUCGCCUCAAGCCGAAUACCCUGGUCCUGGGCUUCAAGAACGACUGGAGGGACGGUGACAUGAUGAACGUGGAGACUUACAUCAGUAUGAUUCACGAUGCCUUUGACUUUCAGUUUGGUGCUGUUAUUCUGCGACUGAAAGAGGGUCUGGAUGUGUCCCAUAUCCAAGGACAAGAUGAGUUGCUGUCCUCCCAGGACAAAUCUUCAGGGAUGAAGGAUGUGAUCGUAUCCAUAGACACCAGCAAAGACUCUGACGCUGAUUCAUCCAAGCCGUCCUCCAAGGCCACCAGCCUGCAGAACAGCCCGGCUAUACAGAAAGAUGACGAUGAUGAUGGCAAAGCUACAACUCAGCCCCUGUUGAAAAAAGACAAGAGGAGUCCCACCGUACCGUUGAAUGUGUCUGACCAGAGGCUUCUGGAAGCUGGCCAGCAGUUCCAGAAGAAACAAGGGAAGGGCACAGUGGAUGUCUGGUGGCUGUUUGAUGAUGGAGGCCUGACCCUGUUGAUCCCCUACCUGCUGACCAACAAGAAGAGGUGGAAGGAGUGCAAGAUCCGUGUCUUCAUUGGAGGCAAGAUCAACAGGAUUGAUCACGACCGCCGAGCGAUGGCCACUCUGCUGAGCAAGUUCAGGAUAGACUUUUCCGACAUCACCGUCCUGGGAGACAUAAACACCAAGCCCAAGAAAGAGCAUGUGUCGGCCUUUGAGGAGAUGAUCGAGCCGUAUCGGCUGAAGGAAGACGACAUGGAGCAGGAGGCAGCUGAGAGGCUAAAGAACAGUGAACCUUGGAGGAUCACCGACAACGAGCUGGAGCUGUACAGGGCCAAGACUAAUCGUCAGAUCAGACUCAACGAGCUACUGAAGGAGCACUCGAGCACAGCCAACCUCAUCGUCAUGAGCCUGCCAUUGGCCAGGAAGGGCGCGGUGUCCAGCGCCCUCUACAUGGCCUGGCUGGAGGUGUUGUCCAAGGACCUGCCGCCCAUGCUCCUGGUGCGUGGCAACCACCAGAGCGUCCUGACCUUUUACUCUUAAAAAAAUACACACAGGGUGAAGAAAAACACGUUUUUAAGUCUCACAAUCCCCUUUCUGCUUCUGGGAGCAGAUACGCACCACACAUCCCGGUUCCAGCCCACACCUAAAAGGUGCACCACAUUACACUUAAGAGACAAAGGCACUGAUGGAAACAACGCUGGUAAUACGAAUAAAGAGGAGAGAUACUGGUUGAAAUGCUCACAAGUGAUGGAGGAACGUUGAGGUUGGGGGUGGGUGGAGGUUGUUAGGUGGCCCACUCUGCUCCUUUCUUUCUAUUUAUUCCAAGAUGUCUGGGUUUUCCCUCUUGUAGCUCUAGUUUCUUCUAAUUUCCUCAUGAAAUUCUUUUUUUUUUGUUGAAGUUGAUUUUUCUCAGGCUCCAAACCAGUCGUGCACAAUGCUCAUGUAGUAGUUGUUCAGAUGAUAUGGAAUAUGGGAUGUCAGACUUGUUAAUAAUAAGUUCACUGGACCAGUCAUUUGUGUUUGUGAUGCAGCAAUAAUCAUCCUGUUGUUUUCCUUAACUCUUUGGGAGAGAACCACGCAGAAUGCUUUGUAACACCUUCUAAAGCCUUAUGGAUGUGCCUUCCAGUUGAAUCAGAUGAAAUAAUUAUUAUCUCUAUCCAGACUGAAAAUAUUACCUAUUAAAUUGGUGGAUAAUAGUUAGUUUUACUGAGUUUUUAAAUGUGAUUCCUUCUUAGUUGGAGCAUUAUAUUUAUAUGAGUGGAUUGCAUGAAUUUAAUGAAGGGUGUCCACUUGAUUGCAUAGACUUUCUCUUGUAAUUUCUCUUUCUUUAUAUUUUACCCUAAUCACCAUAUUUUAUUUUGGGGCCGUAGUAGUUGGUUAGUAGUUAGUUUUUUUUUUUUAUUCACUUUUGGGUCUUCCUUUUUAAAACUGUUGAAUAUUUACGAUAGACUCAGCUACUUCAACACGAAACACGUUUUGUUUGUUUUGUUUGUUUUUUUUUUUAGGCACAGAGCCUAAAUAAUUGUAUUAAACUGACUUUAAUACAAUUCUCUCUCUUUUUUUUGUCUGAAAAAAAUGUGAAACUAAUUUUUCAUUUGCCUUGUCAGGUGGAAAAGCUUACUCUCCCAUGUAGCUACUGAUUGACUAAAUGAAAAUGUUUCUUAUUCAGCCUGUUUUUAUGUGUCUACAUGUAUGAUUUUUUUUUUUUUUUUUUUCCCCCUGUAAGAAAUUGUACUACCCAACAAGCUAGUUAAAACCUUGCCUUAAUUCUCGAACUAACAAUUGUCAUGAGUUCCUUUGCUCUUAUAAGCCAUACUGGCUGAAUGGGUUGUGGGUAAGCUCUCAUAACAAAUCCAUUUAGUGACAUGUUUCGGCACAGUUGUAUUGUAGGUGACUCUUCAUUUUCCUCCACACAGUCCACCUGCAUUAGUGUAUGUUACUUACUGUGAGUGAAAUCAGUGUUGGUUGCCACAGCAGACGUUUUGCACUGCCGUCUGGCUGUAUGAUUGAUCGAUUGAUUGAUCGAUUGAUCGAUCGCUGGUUUCCCAUUCCCACAAAGCCUCCAUAGAAUGAAUGACUUUGCUGGCAGGAAGAAUGUGACGUUAGAAUGUGUGAAGGCUGAGUAAAGAUAUAACUCUAUGCAUAUGAGCUUGUGUCGCGUAAGUUAUUGUAAUAAAAGUCUGUGGCUCCUUCAUGUGAAAGGAUCUGCCCCGCCACUUUAGGCACAUCUCUUUCCUUUACUCUAAUGUUUUCCUUCAAGAACGCUGGCUUGUAACCUUUUUAAGGAUUAAAUUCCAGCGUUAGCGUGGCUCCAGUAAAACCCAUCUAGAGACCAUUUCACAGUUUGAAACACCAAUGUUCUAAAUAGGUCAAACGUAUUCCCUGUUCCGUGAAUGUUCACUUGGCCAGAGGAUUCAAACUUUUUUUUUUUUUCCUGAGCUACAACUGCUACUCUUUGGAGUGAUAAAGUUACAUUUAUUGCAAAAGGUGUGUUCAAACUGAAUACAAAUGAAUUGAUAAUGAAAUCUAUUCUAUUGAUAAUGAAAUAUUUUAACAUUUAAAAAAGAAAAAAAAAAAACCUUAUAAAAAAAAACUGGUCUUAUCUCAAAUUCUGAGGGUCUGGUUCAUGAAAAUGAAGCAAAAUAAAAUAAGAUGAGACUUUAGAAAAAAGAAUGAAUUGGAUGUUUCUGUGCAGAAAACAAACCAUUAAAACACAAUAACUGAUUUGUGUUGAGUCUGAACACACCUUUAAGGUCGGCUGAAGUUCUGCCUGCUGAAAAGUGUUCUGUUUGAGUGAACUGUUCUGGAAAAUGUCCAUAGCUUAGGGCCCUUGGUGUAAGCAGGAUAAAGUUUUACCGGCUGUACAGUUUAUCAAAAAAAAAAAUAACGUUGCAGCUCUUUGUGGAUUAUCCCAUAACUCCACAGUUCAUGUUGGUAGCUAACAAGAAUGCGAACUUGACUUUUGACAAUUCAGAAGAAAAGGUCUGUUAUUGGCUGAUGAAAUAAACCAGGACUUAGUCACCUGUAAUGUGCUUCAUUUUCUCUACGUUUCCCCGAGGAAACAAGCUGUUUUUACCAUUUAGCUCAUUACUUUCAUGUAUUCUGUCCUUUUACUGUAUGCCAAUUUCAAAAGAGGAAUGUAUGUGACACUAGAAAGUAGCAUACAUAAGCUCACUUUGCUUUCCAUUCACUUGCAUAUAAAGUGUUUGCUGCAUAGACUGUAGUUAACACACGCACCGUGUACUGUGUGUUAGUUCCACUGUGCUGAUAACACCCAUACAGCUGCAUCCCAUUACUCUGAGUGUGUAUAUCCAUUCUUCAGUACAUACACAUAAACUAUAAUACACAUAUGCUCACCAGAGCAUUAAAUAUUAUACUCUGAGUACUUUCCAAGUGUGUGAGGAACUGUAAAAAAAAAAAAAAAAAAAAAACAUUUAAACUUUAAAGGCACAAUCAAACACCUGGUUAAGUUAUAGCAUACAAAAGUCCCCCCCACAAAAAAAAUGAAAAUGUUUUCCCCGCUGUUUGUAGGGGUCUUUAUAUUGGAGUCCAAAAUAGACCAGAGGAAAAUGAAACCUGAUCCAAUCCAGAAAUGUGGUCAACCCAAACUGACCCAGAGCUGUGAGAGUCCCAUCAGAGUCACUCGGGUCAUGUACCACUUGAGAAUCACACUGCAUUUCAUUUAGACCUUGCUUUCUAGGAACCAAGUGGACUGGUAAAACGUGUGUACUGUGUGUUGUGUUUUGUCCUUGUGACCCAAACGAUGAACUAAAAAAAAAAAAAAAAAAGUCUAAAUAUCUCUACCUCUGCUGCCAUUUUUCCAAAAGAAUUUUCUUGUAAGUCGCUGCGGUUCCGCGUCCUGCCAGUGCACAUACUGCAUCAUUACCUGGUAGUUCAAAGUAGUAAAGUACGUUGAUUUUUUUUUGUGUCCUAACUGCUAAACCAAUGUACUAUGUCAGUUCAUAUAUAAUAUACACUGUACAUUUUGUCCGAUUUGUUCUUAAAUAUGUGUUUGGAUCUGCAAAUAUCCAUGAGCGGAGGUUCUGAGGUUUGGGGGCGGGAGGCUAUUGUGAACUAUAACAAAAUCAAGGAGUGUAGUAUUGAAGUCCACUCAUUGUUCUGCUGUGAAAGCACUGACUCUCCACUGCUGUUAGAGAACAUCAUUACAAACAAGAACACAUUACGUUUGUAUAUUAAAGAAUAUAGAGACACACACACACACACACACACACACACACACACACACACGUCUGUGUAUACAUAUAUAUAUAUAUAUCUACCAGCUGGACCUAGAAGGGAUCUUUGUCUUUAUGCCGCAGUAGAUGAAGCAAAAGACCUCCUGUCAACAUUUUACAACCAAAUAAUAGUGUUUGUGUGUCAUGUUUUCUUCAUUUAUGUCCUGAUAGAUAGAUUCUAAAGACUGUCUAAUAAUAUACUGUGUUCUCUGAAGAAACCAAAUGUCACCUGUUCUCAUUAUUUUAGCCACUAUGUCAUUUGAUAUCUCCUAAUCAUUGGGUUUUUUG